UUUUCGAGCCUUGGACUGAUUUGCUCAUCAUCCGUUGCUGAAAUUGACAACAUCGACGCGCUUUGUCGACAUAACCUCGGAGCAGAAACACAAAACCGCUUGUGUGGGGUAUCUAAACUUUUCAUCGAUAAAACUACAGUGCUGUCGUGUCUGCAUUGCUGUGAAAGAAUGACGCAUUUACGGCACAUCGUCCGAUUCCGGAGCUUUGCCUUUUUCUUUGUUCUGGUCGAAUAUGCACACGGAGACCUCAGCUAUUCUGUUCAAGAGGAGCUGAAACGCGGAGCUGUGAUUGGAAACAUUGCCAAGGAUCUCGGAUUGGAGGUGGGCAAACUGUCUACUCGCAAAGCUCGUGUUGAUAUGGAAAAGAACAACAAACAGUAUUGCGGCAUAAACCUCCGGACGGGAGAUUUAAUGGUUGCUGACAGAAUUGACCGCGAGGAGCAUUGCGGGGAAAAGCCUUCGUGUGUUCUGAAAUUCGACCUGCUGCUGGAAAAUCCUUUGGAAUUGCACCGGCUGUCUUUGCAAGUUCAGGAUGUGAAUGAUAAUGCUCCCGUUUUCCCCAAGGAUAUUAUAAAGCUGGAAAUAAGUGAGUCCGCUGAUAAAGGAGCCAAAUAUCGCAUUAAUGCAGCACAAGAUCCAGAUGUAGGUACAAAUUCUGUUCAAAGUUACAUUUUGCAAGAAAAUGGCAAUUUUGUGUUUCACAUUCAGACGACAAAUGAUGGCAGUAAAUACGGCGAGCUAAUUUUAGAUAAGGAAUUGGACAGAGAAGAGCAGCAGGAAAUGAAAUUAUUGCUAACGGCACUGGAUGGUGGAUCUCCUCAGAGAUCUGGGACUGUAGUCAUUCAUGUCAUCGUACUUGAUGCGAAUGACAACGCCCCAGUUUUUACCCAGACUGUUUAU